UGUUCGCGGGAAACACUAGCAGAAGUAGCAACUCGGAAAAAAGACCACCAGCUCAUCUGAGAAAACGUCUCACUAAAUUAAUUUCAGAUCGUCCUGUACUGGAGUGUAGCGAUGCUGUUCCGCUCGAUAGUUGACAGAGGAGUGGGCAAACGAAGGCAGAAUGCCGUCCUUGCAGACCCCGGGCCGAGGCACCCCCUGAGCUCUCUGCUGGGGGGGUACCACUGCGUCCGACACGAUGAACACAUCUCUUACGGCAACCUGGGGGACUCUGUGCCCCCGUUUGGACUGGCCUUCUCCUCUGUCGGACACAUGCAGAACAUCCUGGCAGCAGCUAAUGAAGAAGGCAUUGUUAGAAUCUACAACACAGAGAGCCGGGAGAAGCCACUUCUAAAAGAAUGGCUGGCCCAUGAGAACGCUGUUUUUGACAUAGCCUGGGUACCGGGGGAGCCUCACUUGGUUACUGCUGCUGGUGAUCAGUUGGCCAGGCUGUGGGAUGUGAGGUCAGGGGAGAUGUUAGGCAGCUUCAAAGGUCACCUCUGCAGCCUCAAGUCUGUUGCAUUCGCACCACAGGAGAAAGCUGUGUUCUGUACUGGGGCCAGAGAUGGAAAUAUUAUGGUCUGGGACACCAGGUGCAGCAAAAAAGAUGGUUUCUACAGGCAGGUGAACCAGAUCAGUGGCGCUCACAACAAAGCAGAGACAAACCCCCUCACCAAAACCAAGAAGAGGCGGAUCAGCACACGUGGCAUGGCUCCCAGUGUGGACACCCAGCAGAGUGUCACCGUGGUUCUGUUCCAGGAUCAGCACACCCUCAUCUCCUCUGGGGCUGUCGAUGGUGUAAUCAAGAUGUGGGAUCUGAGGAAGAACUACACUGCACUACGUCAGGAUCCUGUUCCUCUGCAGACGUACCCCUACCCGGGUUCCUGCAUGCGCAUGAGACUGGGUUAUUCCGGACUUGUUCUGGACUCAACCAGAUCCAACAUCGUAUGUAACUGCACUGAUGAUAAUAUCUACAUGUUCAAUGUUAGCGGAACAAAAACAACUCCAGUGGCAGCUUUCAGUGGCCACCAGAACUCCUCCUUUUAUGUAAAGUCCACUAUUAGCCCCGAUGACCAGUUCUUAGCCAGCGGUUCAAGUGACAAUAACGCAUACAUCUGGAAGAUCUCGGAGCCUAAUCAGCCUCCCAUGAUGCUCCAAGGCCAUAGUGACGAAGUGACAUCUGUUGCAUGGUGUCCGACAGAUUUUACCAAGAUUGCUUCCUGUUCUGAUGAUCACACUGUACGUAUCUGGAGGCUUCACCGGAAAAUGGAUGGAGCCGAAUCCUCAGUGGGAGAGGCCAACAUUGUCGGCUGGGCAUGUCUUAAAUCUCCCUCAGGGCCUUCUAUCAGAGCUGAAACAACCCCCGCCAAGAUCCAGAAGACAGAGAGUCUCGGCGGCCUGGCGUCCCCCCGGCUCGCUGCCUGUGCUCCCAGCGGAGCCGCAAUGCCUCUCUCCUCCAGCACCGCCUCUCCCAUCCCUUCUCAGGGUGCCAAAGCUGCCGCUGUCCGCCAGAGAACACCAUCCUCUAUCAAGAAAUGGUUAUCCCCGAGCCGUGGGUCUCCUGCUCAGGCCAGCCCUCAGCCUCGCCGCGUGCUCAGUCUGUGUCCUCAGAGCCCGGCGAGCAGCGCCUCUCCCAGCGAGCGACGGGCCAAACGCAGGCUGGAGACGGGAGAGGGGUCUUCUGCAGGCUGUGGGGGGGCAGAGCAGUGUGACUGUGUUACUGAACUCUACCCGGCGGCCAAGAGAAGCCGGGCUCUGUCGGGGAUCUGCUGCUCCAAGCAAGAGAGCCGGCUACAGACAGACUGUCACACAGAGGACAGCGAGCAGCUCUCUCAGACCGGCAAGGAGAACUGCUCCCCCGGACCCAUGGACUGGCUGUCAGUGCUGGGCCAGAAGAUGAGGAAAGGUCAAGGAAGCCCGAGGUCUCCCAGAAGCCACAGUGCCUCUAAGAGACAAGAAGGCAAGACACCAGUUUCUCCGACAAUCCGCUCACCGCAGAGCAUAAAGAAAAUCUCCAUGUAUUUCGCAAGAAGGCCUCUGGAGUGACCACCUGUGCCAGUUGGAUGCUUUGCCUCGGUUUAAAAUACCAAACAUGUUUUAUUUUGAGUAUUUUUAACCUGAACCCACAGAACCUCGAGCCACCAAGAACACUGAUCCAGAUCCAGAUUUCAUGAGCACAUAAACUUGGGCUUCAUUGAGAUUGACAAAAUAAUCAUUCUGGAUAUUUGUCGCUGCAGUAUUCACAUCCUGAGAGGCUGUUCUUUUCUUUUUUUAAUUAGGGUUUUGCAGUUGCCUCCUACACAAUGUUCUAGUGCUGUUCAGAAUCUCUGUUUAAAAAAAAAAAGAAUAGUAAGUUGUAUGUUGAUGAGUAAAUCUUUAAUUUGACUCAAACCUAACAACGUCAGGAGAUGCAUUUACACAAUGACCCACAUUUAAUAAUGUUGUUCAAGAGGUCACCAGGAAUGAAUCCUCAGAGUGCAGAAAGAGUCUAAAGGAGUGAACAUUUGAAAUACUGCUAAAAAACAUUUAUUGGAUCCACAUCAACAAACAUUUUUAUGAACCCAAGUUUAUUUAUCGGUUCAUUUCUUUGUGGGUUUUUUUCAUGUACCUUUUUUGUUUCAGUGUUACAUUUAUACAUUUCUUGAGCAUAUGCUUAAGUUGUUUAUAUGUACAAAAUAACCAAUGAGUCGUGCUUGGUUCAUUUGUAUAUAGUUGAUCCAAAUUCGCGUUGUUUAGAUUUUAUUAUUAAAUUCUAAAGAGUU